AUGGCUUCAAAAAAGGAUAUGCGCCGGGCGGAUCUCGUGAUUCCGUAUGUCGAUCCGCCAAAGGAGAAGAGUGAGACGGAUAUGGGAGGUGCCAUGUCCACGACACUUCCAAUGGCUGCGAUGUUCACACGGAACCGGCUAAUCGGAUGGGUCUCGGUGGUUGUUUCUCUCCAAAACUGGCUCGCAGAGACUCCAGACCAGGCCAAAACCGCCUCGACGCCCUCUUACAUGUCUGUUUUUAUGUCACUGAUGGCCAUGGCUGUUACAUAUAUGCCACUCUUCCUUCCACCUCCCCCCGGCCGUGGAAGCACUACAGCAGCAGCUCCCUCGCCGUCUCCUUCACCAUAA